AUGCCCACUCCCUACCAUAGAAAAUACACCCCCACGCCCGUGCCAGCGCAUUCCCAGUGCUUGUCAACGAAGAACUGCCAAGCAGGCCUGGCGCCCUCCCGCGACCUUAUCCAGACCCAAAAGUUGUCGAGCUUCUCCAUCUCAAGACGACAAGUUGGCAUCAUCAAGCUCUGCCCGACACAGCUACCGCCGGCACGUUGCCUCCCAGGCCUCCAAGACCCAAGAGCUAUAUCUCACGCCAGUAUCACAGGCGAUUUUGCUUGUCCAACGCUGUCUUUUAACUUGCGCCAUCGAUUCAGGACGAGUCAGGACCGAGUCGCCAUUACUAACUGGUCUUCGACUUGCCUUGGCCGUAUAACUUUCCAGCUAAUAAACUCCUUACGGAAGUGA